AUGAAGCUACUGAGAACUUCCCUAAUCUUGGCCGUGGCGAUAAGCCUGGCCACGGCAGAGGAAAAGGCGGAGAAGGACGCAAAGGCUGAACCAAAACCAGUAGAAGAAACUAAAAAACAAGACAAAAGAGGACUUUCAGAAUACUACGGAGACUUCGGCGAUCAUGAGCUCGGUGGUGGUUUCGGUGGCCAUUUAGGCGGUGACCAUUCCGGUGGUGACUUAGGUGGCCAUUCGGGUGGUGACUUCGGCGGCCAAUCAGGUGGCAGCUUUGGUGGACAUUUAGGUGGUGACUUCGGCGGUGAUUUUGGAGGCUCUUCGGGACAUAAUCACGGUCACCAUGAGGAACAUCAUGUAAAAACUGUCACUGUGGUGAAGAAAGUGCCUUUACCGUACCCUGUUGAAAAACGUAUUCCAUUUCCAGUAGAAAAACGCGUGCCUUACCCUGUCAAGGUGCAUGUACCCCACCCGUACCCCGUUUACAAAACUGUUCACUUCCCAGUUAAGGAAAUUAUCAAAGUUCCCGAAUACAUCAAGAAACCGUAUCCCGUGACAAAACAUGUACCUGUUCCCGUAAAGGUUCACGUUGACAACCCUGUUCCAGUCAAUGUAUACGAGCAUGUCCCGUACCCAGUCGAAAAGCAUAUUCCAGUUCCAGUGAAGGUGCACGUUCCUCAACCCUACCCAGUGGAGAAGAAAGUUCCAUUCCCCGUAAAGGUACCUGUCAAGGUGCACGUUCCGUAUCCCGUAGAGAAGAUCAUUCACUACCCAGUAAAGGUCCCAGUCGACAACCCAGUCGCUGUACACGUCGAUAAGCCCGUCCCAGUUCACGUUGAGAAGCCUGUUCCAUACCCCGUCGAAAAGCCAGUGCCCUACCCAGUAAAGGUUCAUGUCGAUAAUCCAGUCCCCGUACACGUCGAGAAGCCCGUCCCUUAUCCUGUAAAGGUCCAUGUUCCAGCACCGUACCCUGUAGAGAAAGUUAUUCCCUAUCCAGUAGAAAAGAAAGUACCUAUUCCAGUGCAUAUUCCUGUAGACAAUCCAGUCGCUGUACAAAUUGAGAAGCAUGUGGCUUAUCCUGUGGAGAAACGCGUGCCAUACGCCGUGAAGGUGCCAGUACCAAUUGUCCAACAUGAAGAAGAACACCAUGAACUGCAUCAGGAACAUGGUGAGAGUUUCGGAGAACACGGAGGCUUCGAGGGAGGUCACAAUGAACAUCAUCACCAUGAAUAG